AGUAGACACGAAAGGAUGCGUUUUUAAGUGUGUAUGUGUGGAGACGCUUCUCGUUUUUGUCCACCCGCCGUGUAUAUUGAUGUAAUUGUAUUAUUUUUCGAGACUAUGAAGUUGGUUUUGUUCUCUAUACCCUGGGUGGAUUUUUCAUUAAUGUAUACAUAUACUGCAACAGCAACACGGCUAGUUUGUUUGCUACUGACUGUAUACAUCACAGCCAGUGCCUCUUAUAGGCAUAACUCGUUCUUAUCAAGCAGUCAACAGACAGAGAAAGGCCGUUAAUUCAGCCCCAGGACCCCCGGGGAACGUUAGGCUUUCAGAAGAGCUGCUCCUCCAAAGCAGACGACGACUCCGACACGAGCUCUGUCUUUUGUGUUGAUAUUCGAUUGUGACUUAUCGUACAUCCGGAGCGCGUAGAAAGCAUUCAUGUAUACCACUAGGGGCCUCAUUGAACUGGUAAGCGCCGAGGUACAUGAGUUGGCAGUGCUCGCGUGGAUUGGAGGACGUGAUACAUGCACGACCAGUGGUGAAAAUAGCAUACUUGCGUAACGGUGAAGAAGCCCAGCGAAUUUCAAUGGUUUCACGCGCCGACACUCGCCGGGGCGCCACGAGCUCCCGCACCUUGUGGGUUGCUGCUGGUGAUCUUAUGUCGUCUCCAUUUCAAAGCUCCCCCAUGAGAAAUGGUCAUCUAAGCCAGAAACUGGAAGAGUCUGUCCCAUUGAAAAUAUGGGUAUACGUUCAGUGCCUACGUUUGUUAGAGGUCUAGCGUUGCACGUUUUUACUGAGGCACCAUUUCAGUGAUUUGAUGCCUAGCAACUUGUCUGUAUCAUCAGCACUUUUUCUCUGACAGGACGCUAAAAGUGGAGAGCGUCCAGUAAUUGAGUAAGGCUACGUACUCAGUUGAUUCUUUCCAAAUGACGAGCAUUGAUUUGAUACAAACGGUGAGGCGCUGUUGCCGGCCAUGCACUUCUGGACCCAACCUUCAUUUCAUGUUAACUACUGUGUAGCGAAUCAUUUAAAUCCAUCCUGCCGAUAUUUGAUUCUAUACAAAACUAAACAAGAUCACAGCCGAGUAUUGGUGGGGUCAGUUGUGAGAGUGGUCUCCCACUGGUCAAGUAGGAAGAUAAAAAAUAAACCAUUCCGACACUUAGGUUCUUCAGACUCUCUGGACAGCCUAUCAUACUUUCACCCUGCACACGACGAACCCUUCACCCGCCACCCUGACCCACCUACCGCACCGCCCCCGACAGGCAUCGGGCGAGAUGUCCUACUUCUUCCGCUUUCACGACCUGAUCGGGGGCCUUCAUGUGCCUAUCGACGAUGGCGUAGACAAACUCAACCGGAAGUACACGCUGCUCAUUUUCCUGUUCCUUGCGUUACCGAUUUUCACCAAGCAAUAUCUUGGAGAGCCCAUCGAGUGUUUCACCCCAACCUACUUCACAGACGCCCAGGCACGAUACAUCAAUAGCUAUUGCUGGACAGCGUCCACUUACUACUUAGUGGCCAUAGAUAAUGAAGACGAUACCAUUGAACCACCACAACAGCCCCCGGAAAUCAGAGUUAGCCCUGAAGAAAUUGACUACGGCGAAUUUGACAUGUUCACCGUGCAGAGAGACAAGUUACGUCGAGUUCAUGUAAGUUACUAUCAGUGGUCCCCUUUGAUUUUAAUGCUCCAAGGUGUUUGUUUUCAUUUGCCCUUUAUUAUGUGGGGGGCUUGUGCACAUAACGCGGGAGUAAAGCUCCGUCGUUUGUUGAAGAGAGCCUCCGAUAUUGCCGCCCUACCCCCGGGAUGUCAACAGCGAGAAGCACUGCUGUCAGAAUUUGUCGACCAAUUUCACACUAUCGUCACUGGAAAUGCUGGUUGGUGUACUGACCCUUCCUGUCGCUUACCCAUAAUAGGCUGUCGCUGUGUAGCGGGACCAAGUCGGUACCUGUCCUUGCUGUACGUGUUGGUGAAGUUCUUCUACGUAAUUAAUGUAGGCGUACAGUUUUUGCUUCUCAGCGCCUUCAUGGGAAAAGGCUAUCUUCGACAUGGGAUAGAAAUUUUACGACGCCUGACAGUGAAUGGAGACUGGUGGAACUCCCCACGAUUUCCCCUUCAAACUUUAUGUCAAGUCCGUGCCGCUAUGCAAGGAGCUUUUCGAACAUACAUAUGUAGGUGUGUUUUGCCCAUCAAUGUUUUUAAUGAAAAAAUAUAUUCUGUAAUUUGGUUUUACUUAGCCAUCCUCCUUCCACUCAAUGGGUUUAGUCUAAUCAUGUGGAUUUGGCGAAACAUUCCUUGCAACCGACUUGCCUUCAUCAGACUCUGCUUGUGGAGGACAAGACUAAUCAACAUGAGUGAAGUUUCCAGAUCAGCUCGGAAGAUCUCCUCUAAUUAUCUCGGCUGGGACGGCGUUUUCAUACUUCGACUGAUCGAAAACAACCAUGGCAGCGCCAUGGCCACAGCCAUCAUUGGAAAACUCUGGGAAUUCUACUCGAGUCAAAUGAAGGCACAGGAGGAGGGAAAUAGUGACGUGGAAAUGGCACCGUUACCUACAACCAUGCCUUCUGUAGCACCAUCUACUUCUUGGCAUUCUUGUCAUGCUGGAGCUUGCCAUCUUAGCCAUUUUAGCCAUCAAACACUACCGUCUACAAAACGCCAGACCCCGAACAGUUACUGGGGUAAAUGUUCUUAACAGAGAGAGCUAUGCAGUUUAGAUAGGCUGGUUUUGAUUGAGUUUAGAUUUAAAUAGUUUUAGGAGAAGUAUUUAAAGAGGUAUUAGAGUAAGCAAAAUAUAUCUGUUAAGUGUGGAAACUCUUAUAUAUCCUGGUCAGAAAUAUGUCAAACAUAGAUCGUGUAACUCAUAAAGAACCACUAAGACAUUCAUCUAAGACAUUAAUUGACAAAAAAAUGUUAGUUCUUCUCUAUAUUUUACUUUGAGAACAAGAAGAAGUAGUUUUUCGUAUUCCAAACUAACCUUGUUAUGUUAAUUACUCAACCAAAACGUAAAAAUAACAAUAAUACGCAUGCAUAAAAUUGUUAAUUAUUUAAUAGCUUCAAACAUCUUACUCCUGAAUAACUGUAGUACCAACUAAUCUUCCUAAUUUACUGGUAUUAAACGCACCUCUUAAAAUAAAAGACUUCUAAUUCGCUGAAGAAUAAUUGUAACAAGAAAUGCUACAUUAUUAGAGUCUCGUAUAAGUUAAGUAGGAAAAGGAACUAUCUGAAGUAUUUUAAAUGUGCUAAAAGUUAUUUUUAUUAAAUAUAAAUUGCAUAUAUUUUAGAAUCCACCUUAAUUUAAUAACUAUAAGCUAGUUUUAUGUAUUCAGAGCUAGUAUGCUUAGAUAAAAUGUUGUUGAUAUACAGAAACAACCAUUUCCACAAUGUCUGCCUUCUACUUGAAUUUGGCUUGUUUGGUUGAAAUAAAUAUAGUGACACCGAAUACGCUAAAAUUAAAAUAAUCUCCCGACUAAAUUCUAAGUCUAUUUAAUUUUUGCUUUCGGAAUUAAUAUGUAUAUGUCUGAAAAGUGAUACUUAUAUCAACAAAACGAUACAACACUCCCUCAGAGUACAAUCUGGUAUUUUAUGAUUCCGCAAAAGUUUUAACCAUAACUAUUACUCUUACGCCAUAUUGAAUUAUACGUAUGUCAUUGCUGUCUCUAAUUUAAUGAGAAAACAGUCUUAUUGAUCAAUUUAGUGAAACAAAUUUCCCUUUAACUGAUAUCCCAUUUCGCCAAAACGUCUUUUUUUUAAUACAUGUUUCUGGUGGCAUAUACAGUUUUUCUACAUCGCCUUUGUUUUAGGCUCAACAAAAAUAAAAAGCUUUGUUAGGAUUAGGUUUAUUGUAAGUUUUUCCGUCUGUAAAGGUAUAAACAGAAACAGACACCGUUUAUUCCAAAAACUGUACAUUUGAUUAAAGAUAAUUACAUCAAGGUUUCCGGAACUACCGCUUGGCAGGCACUGUGUAUCCAAAUACAAGAAUAACGGAACCUUUCUCAGGGCCACAUUACUGUAGUUCUACAUUCAUCUAUUAAUUUUUCAGAGCUUUUCUUCAUCAAUGCCUUAGAUCUGUUGAAGAAUUCAGCAAUGACUCCGAUACAUUAUCUUCAACUUUAGACAGAAUAAGGAACUGUCCUCAUAGAUUCUUUUUCAAAUGCAUCAAGUCAAACUUUGGACCACUUGAAAUAUGAUAUUAUGGACAAAAGUAGUACAUGAGUUUCAAUAUUGAAAUUCAAUGAAAGGAGUAGUACAUUUGUUUCAAUAUUGAAAUUCAAUAAAAUGAAUAGUACAUUUGUUUCAAUAUUGAAAUUCAAUAAAAUGAGUAGUACAUGAGUUUCAAUAUUGAAAUUCAAUUAAAUGAGUAGUACAUUUGUUUCAAUAUUAAAAUUCAAUAAAAUUAGUAAUACACGAGUUUCAAUAUUGAAAUUCAAUUAAAUAAGUAGUACAUCACUUUCAAUAUUGAAAUUCAAUAAAAUGAGUAGUACAACAGUUUCAAUAUUGAAAUUCAAUAAAAUGAGUAGUACAUUUGUUUCAGUAUUGAAAUUCAAUAAAAUGAAAUUCGUCAUUGGUUACGACAGUAUUGAGUUUAUAAUAAUUUGAUAUUUAACAUAUAACUAUUUCGAUGUUUUCCUUCCACAACAAUAUUAACAAAUCAUGCAAUUUUUGUUCAAAAGUAUUAUGCUUAUUACUUAAAAUAGGAUAUUUACGUUUUAUUCGACAUUUGAGGAUCCAGUCAACAUUUAUAAAAAUAUUUGCCUCAUCUUAUAGCCUGGACACUUCUGCAAACCAAUACUGUCCUCAUCUUCUAGUCCCUUUUAUAUAUGUUUUAUUAAAACCUGCUUUUACUACUGCAGCCUCAUAAUAUAGUUUACAACAAUUCUUAGUAACGUUUUUCAGUUGAUUUGGAUAAAAAUCGUAAAAUAAUGGUUGACAGCUACAUAAAAGCGCCCUCUAGAAAUGUUAUACUAACUGAAUAAUGACAUAGAAUUUCAAAAUAUAAUAGUACGAAAAAUAUUAUUAGAAAAUUUGCUUCACUCCUUGUUGUCUUGGAUUCGCAUCAAAAUGUAAAUUUUACAAAACCUUUUUUAUGACUGCAUGGAUACUUCCUAAAGCUUUCAACCUAACUAGACAAAAAAAUAGUAGGUAAAUCUAAAGGUUAAGCUAAGCUAGUGACAAAAUAGCUUUAAUUUGUCAGUACUUGGCUAACAAGCUAAUUUUGUUUCCCACGCCAUCUUAAUUUGACAGUAUCUGAUUGUCAGCCUAGUUUUGAAACUUGACGGUAUUCUGACUAUCAGAUUAAUAUUGUUUCCCAUAUUACUUAAGUCCCUCAUUAUCUAAUCACCAAGCGGAUUUCAAUUUUCAGAUUAGAUUUAAUUGCUUUAUGAUGUGGCUUUUAAAUUUAGUUUACUUUCCAAGUUAAUAUUAGUUGCCAAAUCCUGACCAUCAAGUUGAUAAAACUUCUUAGGUUAAAUUUUAUACUUACGUGAUCUGACUACUUUUCAUAUUUUGUAAUAGGUUGUUAUCUGAUUAUUAACUUUCUAAAUCAUUUUAGUUAGUUGAACUUCACUUUUAGGGUGUCUUUAUCCUUAACUUUGUGUGGCAGAGUUUAUUUCUUAUCUUUGUUGAAAAACCCAAAUAUUUGAAAAUAUCAACGUGUAUAG